UCCUGUGAGUCUGCGCGGGAAGAGGAAACUGUCCGGAACCGCGCGGAGAAAAGUACUCUGCGAGGUCCGUCCCCGGCAGGCGUGUGCUGCCCCGGUCCCGUCUCGCCUUUGGCUUCGCGGCAGCGCCACCGCCGCCAUGCUCAUGAAAGGCCGCUUUCCCAUCCGCCGCACCCUGCAGUACCUGGGCCAGGGGGACGUUGUAUUCAAGGACUCGGUGAAGGUCAUGACGGUGAAUUACAACACGCACGGGAAGCUGGGCGAAGGUGCCAGGAAAUUUGUGUUUUUCAACAUACCUCAGAUCCAAUACAAAAACCCUUGGGUGCAGAUCAUGAUGUUUAAGAACAUGACACCAUCACCCUUCCUUCGAUUCUAUUUAGAUUCUGGUGAGCAGGUUCUUGUCGAUGUGGAGACCAAGAGCAAUAAAGAGAUCAUGGAGCACAUCAAAAAAAUCCUGGGGAAGAAUGAGGCAACCCUCAAGAGAGAGGAGCAGGAGAAAAAGCAGCUUUCUCACCCAGCUCACUUUGGACCUCGAAAGUAUUGCCUGCGGGAGUGCAUCUGUGAGGUGGAAGGGCAGGUGCCCUGCCCAGCCCUGGUGCCGCUGCCUAAGGAGAUGACAGGGAAGUACAAAGCAGCUCUGAAAGCUAGUGCCCAGGACUAAAGCCCCAGGCCUGUGGGCUAGGGUUACCUUGGCCACAGGGACCUGGCUCUGUCCCGAGACUGUGAAAAUAAAAUGCCCCUUAAUCACUCCAGCAGUAUGGUGUGUAUCCAGUCUGGUAAGAGGAGGAAGACCUGCAUAGGGGCAGGGCUUUGGGAUCAGGCUGUUAAGGCUACAGCCUGUUGAUACCCCUGCGUUGACCCUGUGGCCUCUUCCUAUUCUCCACUGGUUUCGGCUCCUCUCUCAGACCCUGCUCUGGAGAAUUAAGAGUUGCUGUGGUUGAGUUUGGUUGAGGCCAUCCAUGGCUGACAGUGUGGAUGUCCCCUCCAUUCAGACUCUCUGGUUAUGUUUCAGAAAUUCAGAGCAAACCUUUGUGCAGUGCUCACCUUUAAAAAAUAAAGCCAACUGACCCUUUCCUCUUGAGGGGCCUGGCUGUGGGUAUGCCAGCGAUGCAGGAGGCCCGGUGGCCUGAGAGACCAGCCUCCCUUAGGGACGCACCCACUGGCGAGUUGGCCACUGCCAGCCCCUGUAGUCCCAGCCCUGUGCCCCAUAGCAGGUAGGUUUCCAGACCAUGGAGGAGGAAAGAAGGUGCCAAUGGAUCAAGACUUUUGGGCCCUUCCCUGAGGGACUAGUGUCGGAGGCUGCCUCUCAGUUCACCUUCUUGGCUCGUUCAGUUCUUGCUUAAAUUUUGGAAGAGGGUCUGCCUAGUAGUUCUUUCCUCUUCAGGACACUGAUAUUUCUGACACUUUAGUGUGCUGGUUUUUAGCCCUUAGGAGACAUCAAAGCCCUCUGAGGUUCACUGUAAGAAUAAGUCGGUCAAAAGUGAAGGCCCAGUUGGACUACAGACCCAUGCAAACACAGACCAGGAGACUGCCCAGUGGGGUGCAGCAAGAAGGUGGGUACAGAAGAGCAGGCGUCAGGUCCGAGUUCCUCUCUGAUGGGACACUUCCUUAGUCGAGGUCUGACCAUCUCUGUAAAAUGGGUAGAGGGCAUUACCCCAUAAGGUAGUAAGCUGUGGGAAAUGAGGUGAAACUAAAUGUGUUUUAUUUGAAUAUUGGAGAUUAUCCCAUUAAAUUAAGAAGUCUGGUUCUUUCUACAUUUGAUGCUCAAGUUAUGGUUUACUGUGAUUUUGUACCAGACCUGUGUUCAGGGUGAUCGCUUUGAGGGGUUGGGAGGGGUGACGGGAUGUGUGGGGCUAACAUGUAACUAACUGGCAGGCUUACUCAGUUUUGUUCAACUGGAAUUCAAAAUCUUGGUGCCUUCUACCCCAUCAACAUUUUACAAGGUGGCUAGAAAAACCUAUCCUCCAUUCUAAUCCCUCCUGUGGGUGCUGGCUUCAGUUUCUGCAAUGUUUCUAACAAUCCCACCUGGCUGGUUGCAGUGUGGCCUUUACACCAAGCUGACUGGACUGCCUCCUGGGCCACCAGGCCUUUCAGAGUUCAUUCCUUUUGGUCUUUCCACAGCUGGUAAGACGAAAGGCCUUGUGGAAGUAUUCCUUCCCUCCAUGGCCCACAGGGCCCAGAAAGGCAGCUGACCAGGACUGCCCUGACCCAGGCUAGUGAUCCCUCUUUAGAGAAAUAACAAAUGCCCAGUGCCUGACAGGAAAGCACCACUGUUUGCAUGGGCUGUUUUCAUAGACAGCAGAUAAUGAUGCUUGGAAAUGAACACCAUUAUGGGGCAUUAUCUCUUUAAACCUUUUGUUUUCCAUUUCCUACUUUAAUGAUAAAAGACAGGCUUAAAACUUACAGAACUGGGAGAAAAUUAUUAAAGACUGCUGUGAAGAUUUUGAUUUA